AUGCCGUCACAACCGCAACCGUCCGAACCCUCAAACCCCCCUCCGUCCCCCUCCCCACCCGCGUCCUCAGGCGCGCUCCCGCGCAACGUCGAGAACGACCCAGCACGAACCGGCUUCGACCCGCAGACGGCAUGGUGGGUCAACUACUUCAAGAUCCUGACGGGCGGCGUGACCGACGAAGGCAUGUUCCACUACCGCGAGUGGCGGUACCGGGUGCACGAGGAGCGCGACUGCAAGCGGUGCGAGGAGUUCCGCGACUGGGCCUUUGCGCAAUCGCCGACCGUGCGCUUCAUGCGCGAGAAGGUCGAGGCUCUGAACGGACGUCUCGACAAGGACAACGUCGUGUGCCGCCGCUGUCCCGCCCGCCUCACAGACGACGGCCAGGUCCAUCGGUCUUCGGGCGGGUUUAGCCCCGACCAUGGCAUUUUGAUAUGUGCCAAUGAGGUCCGGAAUCGUGGCCACUUGGAAGAUACCCUGGCUCAUGAGAUGGUGCAUGCUUGGGACCAUUUGAGGUGGAAGGUCGACUGGAAGGGCGAUAAGGACUUGAAGCAUUCGGCUUGUACAGAGAUCCGAGCAGCAAUGCUGAGCGGCGAGUGUAGAUGGGCUAGAGAGGCCUGGACGAGAGGGAACUGGAAGUUAACGCAGCAGUUCCAAGACUGUGUGAGGAAGCGGGCAGCACAAUCCGUAUUAGCUCGGCCGCGAUGUAAAGACGAUGUACAAGCAGUCAAAGUGGUGAACCAAGUAUGGGACUCAUGUUUCUCGGACACCCGGCCCUUCGACGAGGUUUACAGAUGA